UGGGUGGUGGGAGUUGGUAGCGGUAGUCGUGGUUUUGGUGGUCGUGUGGAAAUCAGCAGCCUCCCUCCCUCCCUGGCGAAGUGGAGAUUUAAAAACCCGCUCGCCACAACCACAACCACCGCCAACCACGAAUCCUGUCGGCUCGACUAGCGAGCGGCAGACGCGAGCCCGUGCGUGCACACGCAUGCGUGUGCUUGCAUGUGCUGCUGUACACGCGUGCGUGCACACGCAUGCGUAUACUCAAGGAGGCACCGUGGCGAAGUGAAGAAGAGCAGGCGCAUGAAGACCAAGGAGACUUCAUUUGCAUUUCUCGUCGGCUCGCGGUGACACGCGGGGAGGACUCGGGGUGCCGGGGCUGAGCCGGGCGAGGGGACGAGAGGACCCCCACUGGGCUCCCCUCUCCCGUCCGCGGCGGGGAGAGGCGAGAGGGGACUCUGCGUGCGUAGUGCCGGAGACAGACAGGGAGUGCGAGACUGCGCGUCCCCUGUGCGUGAACAUGUGUGUGUCUGUGUGUAUCUACAUGUGUCUGUGUGAACAUGUGUGUGUCUGUGUGUAUCUACACGUGUCCGUGUUUCUCUGUCAGUAUAACUCUGUGCGUCUGUGUGUAACUGUGUCUGUGUGUUAUCUCAGUGCAUAUCCGCAUGACUGCAUGUGUAUGUCCGCCUGCCUGUGCGAGUCCUCUUGGUCAUGUCUGUCUGUGUAAUCACUCUUGUAUCGUCUCCUGUCCGUGUCUGUCUCUCCAUGUGCGAGCGCUGGUUGUGUGCGCUUGUAUUAUGUCUGUGUUAGCCCGUCAGUCACUCACAGAUGCACAGGUAGGCGCUCACAGACUCAAACAUAAACGCAGAUGUACACGUACAGACACAAACGUAUGCACGCACAGAAAUACACACUCACACAGACUAACAACAGACAUCGGAAUUCGCCACUAAGUGGUGGUGACGUCACAACGGCGCUUGUGCCAGGCUAGGUGCACAGACCAACCCAUAUACAUACAGAGACACACGGACAUACAUGCACAUACGUACACAGAGAUGUAUAUGUAGAUUUUCAGGCACAAACAAACAGCAUACUUACACAGAUGGAUACACAAAGAUAGAGACACAGCCAAGCACAUAUAUACACACAAGAUAUACACGCGAAAAGACAAGGACACACACACACACAUCGAGACGCAUAUACACAGGCAUACGGCUAGAUACACACAGAUUCACACGUACAGACGGGCAGACAAAGACACACACACGUCCACAAACACGCUCAGAUAAUCGAACAGGUAUAUAGAUACAGACACACGUAGAAGUACAGACAGCCACGCACACGUAGAUAGAUAAACACACAAACAGACACACAGAUAGACACGCAGACCCCCAACCCGCGGUGGAGGGUGCGCUCCCCGCCGUCCACCCAUGGCAAACGGCGCAGCGGGGGGGAGCCCCCCGCGGGGCGACGCGGAGCCCCAGCAGCCCUCGCCAGCCAUGCCCUCCCCGCCCAGCAGGGUCACGAACUUCUUCAUCGAGAACAUCCUCAGGCCCGAGUUCGGCCGCCGCAAGGAGGACUCCAACUCUGCUCGUCGCGAGCAGCAGCAGGAGGAGCAGGAGCAGUUGGAGGAAGCGAGGGUGCGGAGCGGUGAGAGGGUGCCGGGUCAGGUCGGCGUACUCACCCGACGUGAGGGUCGAGAGGUCAGCGGCAGAGUCAGCGCCGAGUCCUGCGGGACUCACGACAGCGACUCGUGCACGGAGGACCCCGCGGGAGGCAGAGAAGCACUCACCCCGGCCCACGACUCCCCGGCGAGCCGCGCUUCAGCGGAGCCCGGUUCAAAGCCCAUGCUGUGGCCUGCCUGGGUGUACUGCACGCGCUAUUCGGACCGGCCUUCCUCCGGCCCGCGCAACCGCAAGCCCAAGAAGUCAGCGGGCGGUGCGAGCGGAGUCGCGGGGGGAGGCGGCGCGGCAGCGGCGGCGGCCGCGGCGGCCGCGGUGCCGACAGCCGGGGUCGGGGCCGGCGAGGAGAAACGACCUCGGACCGCCUUUUCCUCCGAGCAGCUGUCGCGUCUCAAGGCCGAGUUCCAGGCGUCGCGGUAUCUCACCGAGGCGCGGCGCCAGGCCCUCGCCCAGGAACUUCAAUUGAACGAGGCUCAGAUCAAGAUCUGGUUCCAGAACAAGCGCGCCAAGCUGAAGAAGGCGAGCGGAGUGCGCAACCCGCUCGCUCUGCACCUCAUGGCGCAGGGGCUCUACAACCACUCCGCGGGCUCCGGGGGCGCCAGGGGGGCGGCGGCGGGGGGGGAGAGGACGGACAGCGAGUGACGCGUGGGGGUGGGGGGAAGGAGGGAGAAAGAAGAAGAUUCCGAGGAUGAUGUUUUGUUUUGCCGUGUCGUGUGAACUCGCAGAUUCGCUCGCUUACGAUGAAUGCACUCGGGUGAUCACUCAACAGUGCACUCACUCGUUCACGUACUCGGCUGUGCACUCACUCAAACACCCAUGUGUUUACGCACCCACGCACUUAUUUACAGACUUACUCAACAUUUAAUUCACUCAUGUGUGCGCUCGUGCACUCACCCACGUGACCCUUUCCAUCCUACACACUCACACGCACGUUCACACUCAACACACACACUCAUAUAUAAACACACACACACAUAUUCACACUCACACACAGUGACACGCACUCUCUGUCUCUCACCCCACACGCACGCACAGACGUUGCGAGGCACAGCGCGCGCCCCAGGCCGAGCGUUCAGCCAGCGGGGCCCCGCACAACCGCACCUCACUGCAGUGUUACCGAUAGGGUCCGUUACAUCGACCUCUUCACACUACCGAUAACUGGUUACCGGUUUGCUGUACGUAUCGAAAUGUGCGUCAUUAAACGUAACGCGUUUGGCAUUUUAACUGAGAAACGAAGGGAGCUGCCACCGUGGAUUAACGGUGAGCAACACAACGGACUUCCAUCUUACGGCGCGGCAUUUCAAACAGUCGCCCGUGUUCACGCAGCGGUGCAAACGGCUUCACCGCACUUCACUCCAUCGGCAGGGUCGCGUGUGGUGGGGUAAAGUGUGGGAACGCCCACCUCUUCCUACAAACAAAACACAGGAAACGGUUA